GACGCAGUUGUCUUCAUGUUGUUGUUAGGAUAAGACGUGAAUCUUUGCACGUAUCUCCACGAUAAAUUCAGAGUGAUCCAACCGAUUGCUGCAUUCCAUUUGACCAUUGCAGUCUACUGAUAUUAAAGCAGUUAGUUUCAGUUCGUAACUGAAGGCAAGGCAGACAGCAGCAAAUUCGUCGUUUCCGAUCGGUGACAGCCUGAAAUUACUGUCAAGAUGAAAUUCCAAUACAAAGAGGAGCAUCCGUUCGAGAAGAGGAAAGGCGAGGGUGAGAAGAUCAGAAGGAAAUACCCAGACCGCGUUCCGGUCAUCGUGGAGAAAGCUCCGAAAGCCAGGAUCGGUGAUCUGGAUAAGAAGAAGUAUCUGGUGCCAUCCGAUUUGACGGUGGGGCAAUUCUAUUUCCUCAUCCGCAAGCGUAUCCACUUGCGGCCCGAAGACGCUUUGUUCUUCUUCGUCAACAACGUCAUUCCGCCAACAUCUGCCACUAUGGGCUCCCUAUAUCAAGAACAUCACGAGGAGGACUUUUUCUUAUACAUAGCUUAUUCUGAUGAAAACGUGUAUGGAGCCACCGUUUAAGUUGCUCCCCGUUUUUUAAUACCAAGACCUUCUCUUCUCCACCUGCAGUUAUAAAUAUCCACUUUUUUUUUUUUAAAUAUACCCAUAAUUGAAUUUAGUUGGUGAAAUGUAUGGAAAUUUAAUAGAUAUAUCUUGGUAAAGAUCAAGUUCACACUGAUUUGCGCUUUUUCUAUACUUUCUUUUGUUUAAAUAUUUAUUGUUGAAUUUCAUUUUGCGCUACAUUUGCCAAUGAUGAAACAUUGACGAAAUUAGCCGUAAAUUCAAUACAAACAACAACAACAAACAAAAAAAAACGAGAAUUUAUUGUUUCU